UCUCCCCCAUGCAAACAAAAAUGGUGGCUUCCUGACCGUCCAUGUGGCUUUGAACACAGAGAAAAACAUCCAAAAUCGAUACCAGAUUUUAUUUUAUACUGCAGAAAACAAAGCAGAGGAGUCUGUGCUGAUUCUGCGGACAGCUCUGUGAGGAAACAAACAUGCAACACGACGACGUGAUCUGGGACAUCAUCGGGAACAAACAGUUCUGCUCCUUCAAAGUCAAGACAAAGAGUCAGAACUUUUGCCGUAAUGAAUACAACAUCACAGGGCUGUGUAACCGCUCGUCCUGCCCGCUGGCCAACAGUCAGUACGCCACCAUCAGAGAGGAGAAAGGUCAGUGUUUCCUCUACAUGAAGGUGAUCGAGAGAGCGGCGUUUCCUGCGAAGAUGUGGGAGAAGGUGAAGCUCAGUAAGAAUUAUGAGAAAGCUCUGGAACAGAUCGAUGAGAAUUUAAUCUACUGGCCUCGAUUCAUCCGACACAAAUGUAAACAGCGAUUCACCAAAAUCACUCAGUACCUGAUCCGCAUGCGCAAACUGGUUCUCAAGAGACAGAGGAAGCUGGUUCCUCUCAGCAGGAAGGUGGAGCAGAGAGAGAAGAGGAAAGAGGAGAAAGCUCUGGUCGCCGCUCAGCUGGAUAACGCCAUCGAGAAGGAGCUGCUGGAGCGACUCAAACAGGGAACGUACGGAGACAUCUACAACUUCCCGGUUCACGCCUUCGACCGAGCUCUGGAGCAGCAGGAUGAAGAGAGUGAAUCAGAGGAGGAAGAGGAGGAAGAAGAGGAUGAUGAGGACGUCGGGCAGAGAGAGUUUGUAGCAGAAGAAGAAGUCGACGAGAGCGACCUGAGCGACUUUGAGGACAUGAACAAACUGAGGACGAGCAGUGACGAAGAGGAGCAGGAUGAGGAUGAGUCCAGUGAAGAAGAAGAGGAGGAGGAGGAAGAAGAAGAGGAGAUGGAGGUGGAGACAAAGGCAGUAAGGUCAAAAGGAAAAUCUCCGGCGAACGGCUCGGCAGCGAGGAAAAAGAGAGCGUACGUGGAAAUCGAGUACGAGCAGGAGACAGAGCCCGCCUCCAAGAGCAGAACCACGUAGUGAUGUCACACUGACUGCAGCCAAUCAGACUGUGAGCUGUGUGUGAUGUCAGAGGACUCUGAUAAGGACACAGGGGAUGAUAACGGCGUGUUUGAUAUUAAAGACUAGUGAUCCUCUCAGGAGGGUUUCUGCAUCCGUCAUAAAGAGACUUGGUUCAUGUU